UUAGAACACAUAUGUCAUCGCACAUACUGUUGAUGGUUUACGAUGUAAACAAAUGUGCGCUCACUUUGUUAUCAAAUUCGCCUAAAGUUCGCAUUUUUCUUUUUUGAUCAAUAUUCAUACUCAAAGCGGUUGACGUACCAGUGUCAAUGCAGUUGGUUGUUUUCAUACACUUUGAAUAAUCUGAAGGAGGAAAUGUGACCGAUUUGAUAAAAGAUUGACUUUAGCAAUUUUUCUUUUUUCAAUGUUCCCCAUUUUUUCCCAACUGGAAAAGAGAAGAUUUAAGAAAAAGAAAAUUCAAAUGAAAAUGUUAACGAUAAACACGAAUGCAAUGCUCAAUAAUUUUAAAAGAGAUACAUUGCUGAGUUCAACAGGUGCAAUGGAAAGUGAAACAGAUAGUGGACAAAUUUACUUUAUGGAUGUAACAAGAGUCAUUGAGUAAACGUUGUUUGUUAGUAUUCUCUAACGACUGACCACCAACAAAAUGUACGCUCAGAUGCAAACUUUUGAGCCAUUAAACUAUCUGUAUUGUGAUCUAAAUCAAGACAAGCAUUCACUAAUUUAUGAAUAUGUAUUCUAAAAUUUAAGUCAAAUCGAAAUAUGAAAGUCAAAUUCAUUAAGCACCAAAUAAACUGCAGAAGCAACAACAACAAUGAAAAAAAAAUUGUGCAUACAUAGAAAUGGUAUAAGGUGAGGAUUGUACGUACUUAAUGCAGACCGUAACCGAUUAAAUACUCCGAAUACAGAAAGAAAAAAGUAUUUUGAUGCCUUCAGCAUUUUGACAUUACACUUUAUGUUCGAUGUUUGUUUGGUUUGGUAAUUAGUAUGCCGGCGCCAGGAAAUACACUCAACUUAGUUUCAAAAUUAAUUCCAUUUUUUGAAUGUUAUAAUUCAGUGUUGGUUUUGAGAUUUUGAUAAUCGACACAGAUUGUCACAUAUUUUAUCCCCAAAUGAACCAUAUGAUUCAAAAUUAGAAUGAAUAUUUUUCAAUCAAAUGUUUUCAAUGGCAUAACUUAGCUUUGAACUGAUUCUGAUAUUUAUAAAUAAAAGCAUUCAUUGGGAUUAGAUGAUCUUAAAUGUUACUGUUCAGCUACUUUUCUUUGUGUGUUUCUAUGUAUGUGUGUAUUAUGUUAUUUCGUUUUUAUCUCUGGCGCCGGUCUGUCAGACAGUCUUCAGUAUAAGCAACCUGAGCGAAUGAAAAGCAUUUCAAUACAUACACAUUAACAUACACAGACCCAAAGCAGACAAUGGAAUCAACAUGGCCGAUUCUGUAGGUUUUUUUAUGUUGUUGACAAAUGUAUCAGACAGUCGUACAAUUGUUUCCAGCAAAACCGUUUCGUUUGUAAUAUUAGUGGACAAAUGCCAGUAAAUUGGUUGAAUUUAUUGAAAAUAUAAAACAACAACAACAACAACAACAACAAAAUAAACACAAAUAAAAUGUGGAAGUAUAUUUCUGCGAUUUUAUUUAUCGGUGCUGUGGCAACCAAUGCCAAUGUAAUCACAUCAAAAGGAGUUGAGUGUGAGUGUUUUAAUUCGACACAAGAUGUGUGCCGGGAUAAUGUGGCAAAAUGCAUUAACAGCGAAUACGAUCGACCAGGCUCCUGUUUCGUGCUAUGGGCCACCGACAACUUGACUGGCGAAACACAUGUCAAAAUGAAGGGAUGCUUCACAGACAGUGCAUGCAACAAUUCGGAAUGUAUCGAUACAUCAAUGCCGAAGAGAAUGAACUUCUGUUGUUGCACGGGCCACAUGUGCAACUCGAAGUACAAACUCAUGCCGACAACAACGAAGGCGCCAAAAGUCGAAGAAAACAUUCCACCUCCAGACGACAUGAACAUUUACAAAAUUGUUGGCAUUGUUUGCGGUUUCCUUGUGAUGGUCGGAGUCGCAAUAUUCUUCGUAUCAUUUUACAAAAAUAAAAAGAAUGCGAUGUUCAAUGAAAUACCAACGAAUGAACCCGAUGCACAUGGAUCGAACUCGAUGUUGACACAACAUCGUCCAAUUCAAUUGCUUGAACCGAAGGCCAGAGGUCGUUUUGGUGCAGUUUGGCGUGCUCAGCUCAAGUCAGAAGGAGAAGUAGCUGUCAAAGUGUUCCCGUUACAAGAUAAAGAAUCAUGGGUCGUUGAACAAAAUAUAUUCAAUCUCACACGAAUGAAACAUCCAAACAUUUUGGAAUUUAUCGGUGUUGAAAAACAUUUGGAUAAAUCAGAAUAUUGGUUGAUUACUGCUUAUCAUCCUUAUGGAUCGUUGUGCGAUUACUUAAAGGCGCAUACAGUUACAUGGCCCGAACUGUGCCGAAUUGCUGAAUCGAUGGCUCGUGGUUUAAUGCAUUUGCACGAAGAAAUUCCGGCAACGAAAACUGAAGGACUUAAGCCAGCUGUUGCACACAGAGAUUUUAAGAGCAAAAAUGUCCUUCUCAAAACUGAUUUGACGGCUUGUAUUGCUGACUUUGGACUGGCUCUCGUCUUUCAACCAGACACUCCAAUCGGUGAUACACAUGGCCAGGUUGGAACCCGUCGCUACAUGGCACCCGAAGUUCUUGAAGGCGCAAUCAAUUUCACUCGUGACGCUUUCCUUCGCAUUGAUGUGUAUGCUUGUGCUUUGGUUUUGUGGGAAUUGGUUUCACGUUGCACCGCUCACGGCGGACCAGUUCCUGAGUACACUCUGCCAUUUGAAACUGAAUUGGGUCUGCAUCCGACACUCGAUGCACUACAAGAAUUUAUCGUUACAAACAAAAAACGACCACCAAUCCCAGAAUACUGGCGUGUUCACAGCGGAUUGAAUGCAAUGUGUGACACAUUAGAAGAUGCAUGGGAUCAUGAUGCAGAAGCUCGGCUCACUGCAUCCUGUGUUAUCGAACGUAUUUCACAGCAUACACGCUACACAAAAACAGAACUUCUUAUCGAAACAAAUACAGACACACCAACAAAAGAUUCAAUUGACAGCAUCAAGUAAUGAGUGCACACUGUCGACUUAUAAAUAUAUAUAAAUAUAUGAUAGGAAUAGCAAAUAGAAAACAACAACACAGUAAAAGGCAGCAGAAAAAAAAAACAAUUUUUGUUGAAAAAGUUCGUCUCCGUAUUUAUAUAUGUAGUUAAAAAGCUCUGAACGUUGGUAUAUUGUUAUAUUCGUUUUAUUUUCGAAUUGUAUAAUGUACAAUCCAUCAAGCAACACCGACAUAUAUUAUGCAAACAUGCAAAUGUCGAUUCAUCAAACAUUAUUCUAUACAAAAACUUAUAUAUAUAUAUAUCUAUGUAACUAUUUUCAUUUUGAUUAUUGUCAUCCUCAUUGUCUCACACAUGCAAGCAUUGCUAAUAUGUUCCGAUUCGUUGAAGGAGCGCCACAAAUUGGCCACAUAUUUUUUGAUUUAUUCAAUUUAGUUCUCUGUCUUCUUUUUCUCUUCAUUUUUGUCACAAAAAAUGCAUCCUCACUGUUUCGAUUUGUUUAGAGGAUUUAAUUUGUAAUUUAUGAGAAAGAUCUAUUUUGGUUUAAGAAGACUGUUGAAAAUUAUGAUGUCAGAAUGAGUUCAGGAGUUAAGAGGAAUUUAUAAGGAAUAGAUACUCGUUGGCAUCGAAAGAUAUAUAUUUUUUUUUAAUUCGACGUGCUUCGAGCAUGAGAAUCUGACUUAAAUUUAAUUAUUAUUCAAAAUAAUUUUCUUGCAAACGAAAAACGAAAAAAAAAACUAGCCGUUAUUUUUCUACUGAAAAAAAGUGAUAGGAAGUGUUGCUCUGGAAAAGAAUGUAUUUUUGACAAACUUACCCUGCAAAAAAAAAACUCCGCUUUUAUGCUUUGAUUGCAAUUCUGGUUAAUUCAGACAAUUUUUAUGCUCAAGCGAAAUGGACUCGUUCUAUAAUAUUUUUUACUCUCUAAAUCGAAAUGGAAAUUCAUUUAUUUUGUAAACGAUUCUCGCGAAGUGUCCUCCUCAAAUAAAAUCUAAGCGUGUUUUCGCAGAUAAGGAACACAAUGAAAUCACAUAUCAUCAAACCACAUUUUAAGUCAAUAUUUAGUCCAUAUAUUGUUUGUACAAGGCCGCAAAAUCUCCGAAUUUUUAAACACAUAACAUUUAUUGUUCAAAUCAUGUGAACACGUUUAGUAGAUUACGAUUAGUAGAUAAACUAUAUAAUUGAAGAAAAAAAAAAAAGGAAAAUAACAAUGGAAUAAAAUAAACAUUUAUACAAUUCAGAAAGAGAGUCAGUGCAGCUAAGAAUGCUAAACAAAACUGAACAAUUUGGAAACUCAAUGAAGUCGUAAUUGUAGUAUUUUAAAUAUAAAUGAAAAUCAUCAUCAACAACAACAAAAA